AUGUCGAGACUGUGCCGAGUGUGUCACGACGUCGCCGGAGGAACGCAUUUCGGAGUGCUCAGCUGCAGGUUUGUUCUACUUUUUUAAAAAACUAUUUCGCUAUUUUUCCUUUAAUUAAUUAAAGUUAACUUUUUAUCUUUUCCAGUGCGUGCUCGGCAUUCUUUCGGAGAACUGUCGCCAAGUGUCAGAAGUACAAGUGUCUGCACAAAAAUGCUUGUGAAAUACUUUCAAGUAACGAAUCAACCCACAAAGUAACAUUCCAAGACUUCAAUUUCAGCCAUCCGCAGCAUGUGCAGAAGUUGUCGAUUUGCAAAGUGUUUGGCCGUUGGAAUGAAGAAAAAUGGUCAGUUAUACGGAGAAUCAAGAAGAAGAAGAAGAAGAAGAAAGAGUGUGACAUUUUCAGCAGUUCAAAAGUAUCGGGAUGUGUACGGAAAACGAGAAGUAAGGGAGAAAGAAAAGGAAAAGGACGCUCAGAUCCCGUCCACUUCCACUUCCACUGCUCCGCGAUUUCCCAUUUUGGAUGGAAUAGUUCGGAACUAUGUUCAUUUGGAGAAGGUCCGACAGGUCAUUCACAGAGAUGAAACCAAAAGUGUUUUUGUGGUACUGUUAGUGAUUUCCUGCCAAUUCUCAAUAUAAUCUUUCAGCAAAGAGACCCUCGGCCUCUGAACUACAAAGAGACAAUCAAAGUGUUUCUGAAAGAAUAUCAUCUGAUCGAGGAUUGGAUCACGAAUUCAUUCUCCGACUUUGCAUCGUUUCCCGAAGAUCAGAAGGUUCCAUUCGAUUCAUUUGCAAUCAUUAUGAAUUACCCUCUUUCAGAACGUGCUUCUCCGGAACUUCUACAUCCAAUACAUCAUCCUGGAGUGUGGUUAUUUCUCUUGCAAACAGGGCAGAGUAGACAUCACUUUCUUGCCUUCCGGAGAUUACAUCGACUGCGUCAAUCCGGAAACCUACUACUGCGAUCCAGAUGGAGAACAGUCGAUGUCUGCGGAAGAGGCUGCUAAGUGAGUGUUUCAUUCGGAAGAUUUGAAAGGAUGGAGUUACAGAAUGUUUGCAAGUUCGUUCGAAAACUACCGAAGGAACGUUUACUCGCCAUUAUUGAGAGACCAGAUCGAUCGGUUCGAGUUCCUCGCACUCGCAGCGCUGACUCUUUUCGACACGGGACUCGAAGGCCAAUCGGAUGAAUGCAUUGAAAAGUGCCGGAAAGUUCGAGAAUCCCUUCAGAGGGAACUACUGCAGUACUACGAAGUGAUCAAGAAAGACGGAGAUUCCACAAUCCGCCUCGGUAACACGCUCUCGAUGCUGCCCAAUCUACAGGUGACUUUGAGUUCAGAAGAUAAUAUUAUCAGUUUCAUUUCAGAGAGCAGCCCGUCGAAUGCAAGAAGACAUGACUUUGAGCAACGUCUUCAAGGCGUAUUCUGUUGAUCAACAGUUCUACAACCUCGGCAAAUUCUAA